UGACACCAGUCGGGCCUCAUGACAGGGUGGGAAAGGAUGGUAAUCACAACCAGUCCUGUGUAACAACAUGAAGGACGAGGAGUGUGUUGAUGACCGUCUACCUCCGUUAAGAGGAAACGGGACACGUACCGCACAUAAAAUCUCCAAUGAAUCCUCGAAGGUAUCAGAUGAAGAAUCUCCUCUGUUGGAUUCCACGAGGAACAUUAAGUCCUACAAGCACCGGUGGUAUGUUCUGGUGGUGUUUUCAUUUGCUGCCCUUCUUCACACAGUGGUGUGGAACACUUUCGGACCUAUCGCUCAGUCAGCUAAGGCAGUGUUCGGGUGGACGGAUGCCAAUAUAGGCAUGCUGAACAAUUUGGCAAAUAUUGUGUACAUUGUAUUUAUGUUUCCAAUGGCCUGGUUGAUGGAUGUCAAAGGACUGCGGAUAUCAAUGCUGUUGUGCGCUGCGCUGAUGGUGUUUCUCACGGCCAUAAGAUGCAUCACGAGUGAAGCAGUACCAGCAACAUGGUUGAUAAACAUUGCAGCUAUGGUGAAUGGUGUGGCUGGUACUGUGCCAUUCGCCGGCCCCGCCCUCCUCUCUGCCACGUGGUUUCCCCCCAAACAGAGGGCUACUGCUACAGCCGUGUCAUCUGUAUUCACCUAUCUUGGCCUCUCUGUCAGCUUCAUCAUUGGGCCCCUCUUGGUGCCCCAACCAGAAGAACCAUCCUUGAACAUGACGGACAUCCUACACAUAAAUUCGUCAAGUGAGAUGAACUCCACUGCGUUCUGUCUGACACCAGCCGCUAACCUGUCCGAGGUGAGAAGCGGCAUCAUGAGACUCAUGUAUAUAGAAUGUGCGGCUUGUGUGCUGCUGCUGUUCCUGGUGGUGGUGUACUUCCCCGCCAAGCCCCCCUCUCCCCCCAGUCUCACAGCGUCCAUGGCGAGGACAAGCUACCUGCAGGGUCUCAAAAGACUAUUCACACAUAAACGCUUCUUGGUGAUCCUGGUGGCCUUCAGUGUCCCGACGGGAGUGUUUGGCGUGUUUGGGGCUGUACUGGAUGUCGUGCUGGACGGUGUCGGAAUAACGCAGUACCAUGCCGGAUGGAUGGGCUUUUAUAGCACGGCUGGCGGUUGUGUUGCAGCACUACUGAUGUCCAGGAUUGCUGAUCUGUUUCUCCGUCGCAUGAAGAGAAUACUCUUGUUCCUAUUCGUCGUAGCAACAGGCGCAACUGUCUGGUUUGUCCUGCUGCGUCUGUCCUUCAUCCCCUUCAGUAUUGUGUCGCUGUACCUGUCCUGCAUCAUGAUGGGGGUCUUCAUCAACGGUUCUGUUCCGCUGUUUUACGAGCUGGGAUGUGAGGCGUCCUAUCCUGUCGCCGAGGGAGUGACGGCCGGUGUUCUCACCAUCGCCAACAACCUGACUGGUGUCUUCUUCCUGUCUGUGCUGCAGAUCCCGAGAAUAGGUGUUCUGUGGAUGAACUGGUGCAUACUUGGCUCUGUAGCAGCUACCGUACCCCUACUUCUGUUGUUCACAGAGAAUUACACCCGGACUGACAUCGACACACAGAAGAUCAUUGCUUCAGAGCCCGAUAAUGAUGCUGUGUCGAAUCCAUCAAUACAAAAAUGAAAGCUAGUUGAUAAGAAAACAUCACAAACGCUGACACCGUAUAUUUUGUAUCAAAAUACUCCUUUGAAAGGCAGAUGAUUAGUGAAUCGGUGCCUAAUCCAAAUGUAGAACUUGGUACAAGUAUUACUGCACAUGGGUAUAAGGAGUUUAUCUUUACUCAUUAAUGAAUCCAGGCCUGAAGGAAUAUCUUGAGAUGCUUUUGUUUGAUGCGACGUCAUUUGCUUCUUACGUUACAUCUGACCCUGUUCGCACUUCGAGUUACGUAACUGAGAGUCCAAUGAUGGUCACAAUAUAGAUCAAACCGUCAGACACAGAUGUGUUAUCAAAAAUAUGUAUCGUGAAGACAUAAGGCUGAAUUCGAUACACGAGUCAGUUGUGGGCUAUAUGUGAUUUUUGUGAUUUGCUGCGGGUGGUUAUGUUCGCCCCUCAUCCUUCGAUGUGAUGGUGUCCAAGAUAUGUGCAAUACUCAUCGAGUUAAAACUUUCCAUCUGCUCUUCCGGAAAGCUGUUGUGCUUACGUUUACUAAUAUCAUAAGAUCGCGUGAAGGUGUUAAUGAUCACGGUUUGGAUUGAAUGUCUCUUCAAACAGUUUCCAGUCCUCCCACAGUUUGUCAGCUGGCUGUGGAAGGAUUCAAAGUCUCUCCAUCCCUACAGUUGGUUUGCAAGGUGCACAUUCUCUGAUUAACAAAUACAUAUCAUGUGAAAUGUACUGUUGACUUGUCAAUAAAACAAUAUAUAACAA